AUGCCUUCCGAUGAGAUUUCCCUUUCCACCGACAUGCUCCACUCGUUGGUGGAGGAGCUAGCGUCACUGUCCCGCAAGCAGGAGCAAAUGCAGCUGAACAUGGACUCUUCUCAGACAUCCCUCGCCGCUGCUCUCUCCGGGCUGGUUGAGAAGGUAAACUCGAUUUCCCUUCAACCCAGCUCAACUCCCACACCCUUUCAUGCUGCAUCCUCUUCUUCACGUCCUCCUGGUCAACCUGUUCCUCCUGGGUUUCACCAUUCCCGCAACCCCCCUCACCAAUACCCUCACCACCAUCAACACCCACACCACCCAACUACCCCCAAACCACCAAAAUUGACCUUGCAAAGCUUCGAAGGUCCUGAACCUCUCGAUUGGUUGUUCACAGCAGAGCAAUUUUUCCAAUUUUACCAAACUCCUGCAGAACAAAAGCUUGAUUAUGUGUCUUUUUACAUGAAGGGUGAGGCACUGAGUUGGUUUAAAUGGAUGUAUAACAACAACCAACUCACCUCCUGGGAAGCAUUCACAAGGGCCCUCACUAUCAGAUUCGGUCCUUCCUCUUAUGAAAACCACAACCAAGAGCUUUUCAAGUUGAAGCAACUCACCACGGUUGCAGAGUUCCAGGGACGAUUCGAAAAACUCUCGAAUCAAGUUGUGGGUCUCUCUCCUGAGGUCAUGCUCGAUUGUUUCCUCUCAGGCUUGAAACCUGAAAUCAACAAAGAGCUCAAGAUCUGGAAACCCAAUACCGUGUCUCAAGCUAUUUGGCUGGCCAAAAUGAUCGAGGACAAACUCCGGGAUACCCGUAUUACACCUUUCAGACCCUCCAAACCCGGCGGAACACCUUACUCAGGCCCUUCACCGGCGCCCCCUAAACCCACCGCUGCCACGACUGCUCAGUCACCGUCAACGCCGCCUCCGACACACGCUCAAGGCCUUCCCGUUCGCAAAUUAACCUCCGCUCAGAUGCAGGAACGCCGCACCCAGGGUUUAUGCUACAAUUGCGACGAGAAGUACGUUUUCGGACACAAGUGCCAAUCCAAGCAAUUCUUGUUACUCUUAAUUGAGGAUUCCGAUGCCCCUUCACCAGAAACACCAGAACUCCCCACCAUCCCACCCGUCGUAGCUGAGGAACCGGCAAUAGAACACAUCCAUUUCCAGCUCUCUACACAAGCGUUUAAGGGCACGCCUUCCCCCAAAACCUUCAAAUUUCCGGGUUCCAUCUACGGAAAUUCCGUCAUCAUUCUCAUCGACACCGGAAGCACUCACAAUGUGCUACCCCCUCGCAUGGCUCACUUCUUACGGGUUACUGUUCAGCCCGUCCCCAGCUUUCCUGUCAUGGUCGGAAAUGGAGCUCGAAUUUACUGCUCUGGUUUUUGCCCUUCGGUUCCAGUCCAACUAGCCAACCACACAUUUUCGGUGCCUUUCUAUAUCAUGGAUAUUCAGGGAGCUGAAGUCGUUCUAGGUCUCGAUUGGUUGCAGACACUUGGUUCAGUGGUCUCCGAUUACUCUGUUCCCUUCAUGUCCUUCGUGCACCAAGGCGUGCCGUGCACACUCAUCGCCGAGCAACAACACCCACCCACACAGGCCACGUUUAACUCCCUCAAGCGCUGCCUUCACAUGCACUCUAUUGCUGAUGCUCUUAUGGUCACUUGGGUGACUGCGGCGGGCACAUUAGCGGGACCUGCCACUUCUCUUCAGCUGGAAACUGUGGCUGACUCCUUUCCUACAUUGGACCCCCAGGUUCAGGACGUGCUGCAGAAAUUUGCCCACGUUUUCUCUACACCUAAGGGUCUUCCUCCAUCGCGACCCCACGACCACCAUAUUCCCCUACUUCCGCAGGCUGCCCCGGUCAACGUCAAACCAUAUCGCUACCCGCAUUCCCAGAAGGAAGCCAUGGCAACGAUACUCGCGGACAUGCUCCAGGAUGGUAUUGUGGCCCCAAGCACCAGCCCCUUCUCUUCGCCGGUCUUGCUAAUCCGCAAGAAAGACGGGACUUGGCGCUUUUGCGUCGACUACCGUGGUCUCAACUCGAUCACCAUCAAAGACCGCUUUCCAAUACCCACCAUCGAUGAGCUUAUCGACGAAUUGGGUGGUUCAACUGUCUUUACUAAGAGACCUGCGCUCAGGUUUCCAUCAGAUUCGAGUAGCAGCCUCGGAUACACACAAAACCGCCUUCCGCACCGUUGA